CGCCAUGCUGUCAGUCGUAAAGGCGACGCUGGGGUGAAGAGGCAAGACCGCAAGAGCUGCUGGGGUCGCCAACCUUGACUGAAAACCUUGACUGAACCUGGCUGGUCUCUGAGAGCUUUCCAGAAACACUGGAUAUUCUCCUGAUAUUUUGGGAUCUAGCGUGAGUGACUGCAUACCCACAGAGCGCGCGAACGACGAGAGACCCACCACCUGUAAACGUGCUGGCGACGUGUGGGAUCCUGACGCCGACGAGGAGAGUGACACCUUCUUCAGGAGCCAGAAAUAGGUCUCGUCGCCAUGGAUCACAAGAACUUCGACAGCCUUCUCUCGGCGAUCGGGCCGGGGAGGUGGACCAUCUUCAUGUUCGUUUCCUAUGUUUCGUGGGCGCUGUUACUACCUUACUUUUCGUUGGGCGGCGCCUUUUACAACCCUGUCGUUGACCACUGGUGUAGUGUUCCUGAGCUGAGCAACAAUUCAUGGACGCUAGAACAACGUCUCAAUUAUUCUGUUCCCUGGGAAUACCGUGGAGGUCGUCUGGAAAGGUCCCAGUGCAGCGUGUAUGUAAGAGACUACGAAGCUGUUGCCGACCUCCCUUGGUCAGCUGACCUUGCUUUGACCCCGGAGCAGGCCGUGACCCUGGAAACAAAAUCUUGUAGUCAAUGGGAAUUCGACAAAUCAGUCUUCCAAUCUACAGUUGCGAGUGAGUGGAAUCUGGUGUGCGACAGGGUCAGCCUGAGCCCCUUCUUCACCAGCUUCUACUUCUUUGGCGCCGCCGUCGGGGAAGCGCUUAUGGGAUUCCUUGCCGACAAAUACGGCAGAAGGUGGGUAAUGAGGGUAUCCACCUUGGUUUUCCUGCUGACCGCCACGGCCUCUGCCCUCGUGCCUUUGUACUCUCUCGUGCUCGCGGGCAGGUUCGUCCUGGGCAUCAUACACACCAUCAUUGGCCCCGCUUACAUCCAAGGAAUGGAGGCGUGUCCUUCGAAGCUACGCACCAUCCUCGGCCUCCUGUCCACCGCGCCCUUCGCUCUCACGGGCAUGUUCUUCGGCGCCUGGGCAUACUUCAUCAGGGACUGGAGGACUCUGCAACUCGUCUGCGCCCUGCCGGUCCUCCUGCAACUCCUGUACAUGCCAUUCAUGGACGAGUCUCCCCGCUGGCUACUUCAGCAAGGUCGACUGAAGGAGGCUGCCAAGAUCCUGAAGAAGGCGGGGCAGUGGCACGGUGUCUCCCUCCCCGCGGACAAGGAACUCAUGAUUCUGUUGGAGAAAUUCCAGGAGCAGAGCAGUGAUAAGAGCGAUACACUAAGGGACGUCUCGGUGGGUUUCAGUGGACGCUUUAGGAGAUGGUGGAAGGACGUGACGGUGCUGGUGCGCACGCCUGUCCUCAGAAAGAUUACCAUUGGGCUGUUCGGCUGUUGGUUCUGCACCGGUCUAACUUACUGGGGAAUGAGCCUCUCCGGUACCACUUACAGCAAGGACCCCUUCCUUUACGUGGUCCUUAGCUCCCUCGUGGAAGUCCCCGGCUACAGCGGCCUCACCCCCGUCGUAGGACGCUUCGGCAGGCGCUCUGUCCUCUCCUUCAACUUCGCCGUCUGCGCAGUGGCCAUCCUCACCAUCCUCGCCACGCCAAAAAGCUACACGUGGAUGAUUUUCUCCCUGGCGUUGGUGGGGAAGCUCUUUAUCACGGCGAGCUACGGCCUCAUGUACCUCGUGUCCUCCGAGCUCUUCCCAACCUGCGUGCGUUCGAGAGGCCUCAACAUGUCCUCGAUGAUGGCUCGCCUGGGCUCCAUCAUCUCCCCCUUCAUCAUUGAUGUGCUGGCAACGUCAUACUGGUGGUCGCCCUCGGUGAUGUUCGGCGCCUGUGCGGCCAUGGGCAGCGGCUUCGCCCUCCUGCUGCCCGAGUCGAACCACAAGCCCCUCGCAGACACGGUGGAGCAGCUGGACUUCAUCUACGGAGACAACGCCAAGUCGUCCUCGAGGAGCAGCAUCGAGUCGGACGACCUCAGCUCCUCGUUGCGAAAAGAUCAGCAGGACGAGAAGGAGGAGAUGUGCCCGGGCUCGUCCGUCUGAGGAAGAUGAAACUUGUUCCUUUGCUCAAUUAGCUUACCGAGAGGCUUUCAUGUUAACUUUAUUGAUCACAAUGGCCAACUGGGAGAAGUUUUCCUUUUACUGACUUAUCAUAACCCGUGGAAUGGCUCACUAACAGGAAAAUCUGGAACUUGGCACAGGAUUAGCGAAUGGUUUGGGGGAAAGGUGAAUGAUUCUAUGGGCAUUCGCCUCUCUCCGUGUAUUUAAUUGCUCUUCAGUGAAUACCGAAGUGUAAGGAAUUGUAUCAAUUGCUAACACACGAUAUAUGAAGAUCUUGCACUGCCAAAUCAUUGAUUUAUUUCUAUUCUGCCAUCUUCGUUUAGUACGGAGCAAAGACUACUUUGCAAACUUAGCUUAAGAUCCUUUCAGUUUUCCUUAUUUCUAUUUUCAAUUGCCGGCUGUUAAAAAGAGUAGCUUAAACCUUCAAAUUCUAACCGUCCCUGUGCGUCAUUUGUAAAUAGAUUUUACAAAUGAUGUGUGUCGUCGUGAAAAUAACAGAAUGGCAAAAUCGUCGGUGAAUGAACGGCCUAAGCUUAGUAUGAGUUGACGUAUGUGUUGAGAAGUCUGCAUUAACGUAGUGUUAGUGAUCAUGGUUGUGGUCGCAAGAUUUUUUCGAAGCCAAAGUAAAUCAUAUCGCUUUCAUCCUCUUUUUCAAUGAUCAUAAAACCCAUCUCAUAUCUGCAAUCGCCAGAUGUUAUGCAUAUCUAUUUCAUCAUCGCGUUCACUUUUAGAGUUCAGAUAUCAUAAGCUUCACAACAUUUCGCGUUUUAUUGAUAAGUUUUAUAGAGAUGCCAAUGAAUGUAUAUAUUUUCUGAUUCUCACUGAUGGAAAAGCAGUAGAUUGUAAGGAAGAAUGCAGAUGGAAAAAAGCAAAAACGAAUUUCCAAUGAAAGAGAUUCUUGCAGCACAGUAGUUGUGUAUUGCAAGAGCAACUCACAUUUCCCAAUGAAAGUCAAAACAUCUAUGCCACACAUUCGUCAUAAAAUUUGUAAAUUCAUCAAUUGACCCCCAAAAAAUCUGCAUUUCUUCUCUUUUUUUUCUUUCUUUUUUUUACUUUGUAUUGUGAAAAAUGUAAGAAAAUUCUUGCGAAUUCACAUUGGUUAUAUUUAUAUUUAAGUAAAUAUAAGAACAAACUACAAGGAUUGAUGUGAAUAUGUGUGAUGUGUUUAGUACAAGGAAUGUGUAAUGAAAGAUUUUUAUGUGAAAAGGUAAAAUAAAGUAUUUUUAAAAGAU